AAUACUGAUAAAUAGAGUCAAAGAUACAUAUACAGAUAUAGAAAGAGAGAAAGCGAGAGCAAAAGAGCGUGCUAAUGGCAGGGAACCUUUACCUAACUCCGUGUUCAAUGGCUUCUGCUACAGGCACCGCCAUGGCUUACCGUCUCAUUCCCUCCGCCGUCAACUCUAGCUAUAGAACUCUCUUCACUGUAUCGCAUCCUUCGUCUUUCAAAUGUAUCCGAUCUGCACCUCUUGUGUCUCAUCAUUUCAAUUCUCAGAAGCAUUUGCCCGUACUUGCUUCUCGAAGUGGUUUCAAUACAGUAGCUUCGCCAAAAUGCUUUGCUUCUGAUCCAGAGCAGUUGAAGAAUGCUAGAGAAGAUAUUAAAGAGAUUCUUAAGGCCAAGUUUUCCCAUCCUAUAUUGGUUCGCUUGGGAUGGCAUGAUUCUGGUACUUACAACAAGAACAUUGAGGAGUGGCCGCAAAGAGGUGGAGCUAAUGGAAGUCUAAGAUUUGAAGUUGAGCUGAAACAUGGAGCAAAUGCAGGUCUUAUAAAUGCCCUGAACCUUCUCCAGCCUAUCAAAGACAAAUACCCUGGUGUAACUUAUGCAGAUUUAUUCCAAUUGGCUAGUGCUACUGCAAUUGAGGAAGCCGGUGGACCUAAACUCCCUAUGAAGUAUGGUAGAGUGGAUGUCUCAGGUCCGGAGCAAUGUCCAGAGGAAGGGCGGUUGCCUGAUGCUGGUCCCCCUUCUCCUGCUUCUCACUUGCGUGAUGUUUUCUAUAGAAUGGGAUUGGAUGACAAGGAAAUAGUUGCCCUCUCAGGUGCGCAUACUCUUGGAAGGUCUAGACCAGAACGCAGUGGUUGGGGAAAGCCAGAAACCAAGUACACGAAAGAAGGUCCCGGAGCUCCAGGUGGACAAUCUUGGACUGUUCAGUGGCUGAAGUUUGACAAUUCAUAUUUCAAGGACAUCAAAGAAAAAAGAGAUGAAGAUCUACUGGUUUUGCCUACAGAUGCUGUUCUUUUUGAUGAUCCAUCUUUUAAGGUUUAUGCUGAGAAAUAUGCUGAAGAUGAGGAAGCAUUUUUCAAGGACUACGCCGAAGCACAUGCUAAGCUCAGCAAUGUUGGUGCUAAAUUCGAUCCACCUCAGGGCUUCUCUCUAUAAAUAAUAAUGAUGGAUCGGAUGCUGCAUUAUUAUUGGCUAGAAAAGGUGAAUUGAAAAAAACAUCAUGGGCGAUUUUGUUUGAAUAAAGGCAGGCUAAGAUUUUUAGGUAUAUUAUAUAUAUGUAUAAAAUAAUACUCAAGGCUUAGAGUAUGAUGCUUUAUGAGUUAAGUAUGAAAGACAAUCAUCUUUGUUUGGAACAAUAUUUCUUAUUAAAUACAAUUUCAUUAUUGGAUUGUUUGCUUA